UCCUGGAGCGCCGCAACCGCACUGCUUUGGAACCUCAAAUCAGUCUUGAAAUCCUGAGCAAUCUCUCUCACCAGCCUCUGGAACGGAAGCUUUCGGAUCAAAAGCUCAGUGCUCUUCUGGUACUUCCUGAUCUCCCUCAGAGCCACGGUUCCAGGUCUGAAGCGGUGUGGCUUCUUCACACCUCCGGUGGCCGGUGUCGACUUCCGAGCAGCCUUUGUGGCCCACCGCCCGUUGAUUUUCUAGCGCAACGAAUUACUUAUUAAAAUCAAAACAAUGAUCUAAAGGAUAAAUUUGUCACUGAGUUGAAGCCGAGUCAAUAGAUUUGAGAACAGAUUUAGGAACCCAUAUGGGUUCCCUGUUGUGCAGCCUUCCAAACCUAGAUCGAGAACAUUAGACUUUUCAUGGUCAAUCGGCUGGGGAAGAAGGAAUGAGUGGAGAGGAGGCUUAGCAACGUAGAGAAAGAAAGAGGCAAGGGUCAGAGGAUGCCAAGAUCUGCUGAAACCUAGAGCAAGCAUAGAGUUGGGUAGUGGAUUUUAUGGAAGGGAAAAGAGCUAGGCUAGAGAGUAGAGGCUUAAAGCCAAUGAGAGAGAUCGAGGGGCAAGAAGAGAAUCGACAUCAGAGAAGGAAGAGAUUGCCAGCAAUGGAGAUUGGAGAGAGAAGGGGAAGAAAGGAAGAAGGUGAGGAACCAUAGAGGAGCAGAGACAAUUAAAUUCAAUAAUCCCCUCAUUUUUGCUUUUGCUGCCAUUGUCUUGGGUUCCGUUUUCUUCUCUUAAUUUCGGAUAGAAGAAGAGGAAAGGCUCACGGAUAGAAGAGGAAAGCCCUAAGCUUUAGGUAACAGUUCUCCUUGUUUGCUCUUUUUUUUUUUUUAUCAUUAUGUAAUUUCAGUACAAUUAUUGAAAUGAAACGUUAAAUUUUGU